AAAAAGUCACACGUAAUUGAUUCAAAGCUUUGAGAGGAAGGGGGUCCGGAUCCCAGCGCAUCACUGUGACGUCAGACCGACAAAGAGACGUGGCACGCGGACGGUUAAAUGAUCGGAGCCGUUGCUCAACGUCCCGUCUUCGCGUUUCAAUUCAAAGCAGCGAGGAGCCAGGAAGUCACGGUUCCCCCCUCUCCCCAGCAGACAGACAACAGCCCAUCUGGACUCGGAACAUGGCUUCGAAUAACGGCUCCGCCGGGAAGUGGGAGGUAGUGAAGAAGGGGAAGAAAAGUAGCAACAACUCCGGCGGCGGAAAGAAUCCAACUGACAAGAAAUCCGGCAGCGGCGGAAGGAAAGCUUUGGGCGAAUCUAACCAGCAGCCGUCCAGACAGCCCCUUAAGAUGGCAGAGACUCUGUAUGAUGGAUUUGAGAAAAUGGGAAAGAAGCAGAACAAGGAGCAGGUUCCACCACCUCCUGAGCCUCAAAGCAAGAAGUCUGCGUCCAGUAAACCAUCCAAGAAAGCUCAGCCCAGCAGUACAGCCACACCUGUGUCAUACAAGACUCUGGAGGAAGCCUUCAAAGCUCUGGAUGUCGGAGACCUGAAGCAACAAUUGGCUCGAAGUCAGAGCCUUUUUCCAGAAAACCCCUCAGUCUGGGUCAAAGACCUGGCAGGAUACCUCAACCUCCACCUGACUGCCCCUGAGAUCGAGCCCACUCUCAGCAGCUACCCUCACGACUACCCCUACUGCCUUACAGGAAAGGAGCUGAGGGGCGUCAUCAAAGGCCUCAUGGGACGCUGUAACGACAUUCUGCUGGAUUUCUUGGACCACUGUGUUUACACUAUGCUCAGGGAGCUGGACAGGCAGUCAGGAGAACCUCUGCAUGGCUACAGAGUUUGCAUUCAGGCAAUCCUUCAGGACAAACCCAGAAUGGCCACCCAGAACCUAUCAGAGUAUUUGGAGUUGCUCCGGUCGGUCCAGAAUCGUCCAGUGAAAUGUCUGACCAUCAUGUGGGCUCUGGGUCAAGCUGGAUUUUAUGAUCUCAGCCAAGGUUUAAGAGUGUGGCUGGGCAUCAUGCUCCCGGUGCUGGGGAUGAAGGCGCUGUCCUCGUAUGCCAUCGCUUAUCUGGAGAGGCUGCUCCUAAUUCAUCCAAACCUGACUAAGGGAUUUGGCAUCAUGGGCCCCAAAGAGUUCUUUCCUCUUCUUGACUUUGCAUUCAUGCCCAAGAAUGCCCUGUCACCAAGUUUGCAGGAGCAGUUGAGGCGUUUGUAUCCCCGACUGAAGGUCCUCGCCUUUGGAGCCAAGCCUGAGAGCACGCUGCACACAUACCUGCCGUCUUUUCUGUCCAGAGCCACACCGCACUGCCCCGAUGACAUGAAGAGGGAGCUUCUUAACAGUAUGACGGAGUGUUUGUGUGUGGAUGUACAGAGUCUUGGAGUGUGGAGGCAGCUCUACACCAAACACCUACCCCAGUCCAGUCUGCUACUGAACCACCUCCUGAAGUCUUGGAAUGUUCUUCCACCAAAGCUGAGGAAGAACCUUGAAGAAACGAUCCAGUCUUUUAAAGUGACCAACGAAGAGAUGAGGGACUCCGUAGAGUCUCAGGAACUCCAGGAGUGUAAUAACCUUUGCCAGAACCUGCAGGUGAAGAUGCGCGGGCACGGCUUCCCCUGGUCCAAGCUGCUCAUGGUUCUGCUCGUGUUCGCUGCAGGCUUCAUCGCCCACGACAUCAGAUCUCAAGGCUCAUUUGCAGAUUCUUUCACAGCCCAGUAUCUGCACAGCUCGGGAGUCACGGGGGUGUCCCAGCAGGCCUGGAGCAAAAUAACAGUCUACUCCAAGCAGGGCUUCAGCUGGUUGGAGAAAAACACUCCUUAUUAUUACUCUGAGUGUGUGCGGGUUUUGGGGCCUGUAAUGGAACAAGGUUUAGUGAAGGCCAAAGCAGCAGCUGUCUCCAUCUCUGAAAACACCACAGAGUUUAUCCACUGGGUCAAAACCAGCACGCCGCUGGUCAUAGAAUGGGUGAACACCAACACACCAGACAGUGUGUUCCAGCUGUUGGCGUACAUAAAGGAGUUGCUCAUCUUCAUCCAUCAGAGUUACAUCCUGCCAUCGCUGGCAUACACGUCCCAGCUGUUCCAGCAAGCGUGGACCAGGCUGCAGGACUCCUGCAACGGGGAGGUGUCGGUGUCCUGUCUCCAGGGCCACGCUCUGACCCUCACCAACUCCACCUGGCAGCUGCUGCAGCACACCACCGCCGCCAUCAAGACCUGGGCCCAGGAGCUGCUGACGCGAGCCGCAUGAGGCCCGCCGACUCACACAGGGAACACACACACUAGUGUGCGCACACACACACACACACACCCCGGCCGGUGUGAGGCUGCCUCUCGGGGCGUCGGCUCCUCUGAAGACGUGAUUGGACACUGUGGGGUCAGAUGAAAACAGUCUCCCUCCAAAAAAAAGACCAGUCUUUUUCCUUUUUAUUUUUUUUUUUCGGCUAAAAUUUAUUCGACCGCUUUGCUGUUGAAUAGACGUUUGUUUGUUUGUUUUUCUACCAAUCUUUUUUUGUCUCUGCUGGACGUGGAGGUUGUAUAUUUCCUCUCCUUGAGUUUUUCUACUGGAGGUUUUAGCUAUUGCUUUGGCCUUGGUAAACAGGCUCAGUAAUUUAUAGAAAAUGCAAGUUUGUAGAUUUAUAAGCCAUUUUUAUUUAAAAAUAACUAAAUAAGCAUUCUUAGGAAACUUGUUAAGGAGCAGGGAAAGGACCAUAUACCACAUACUUUGUGUCCCGGCCUGAGUGGAACCCCAUCAGCCCCCCCCCCCCCCCCCCCCCCCCUGUCCCGUCUGUUAUGCUUCAGUUGUGCGAUGCCUGAGCCAGAGGUAGUGGUCACGCACUCGUAUUUGGUCGAUCACUUUCUUGAUUUGUGUCUGUGUGGCUCAGCAAACUUACUGUAUUCAAACGGGAUCAUGUUCAAAUCUGUGCCAAUGUCCCCCCGCACCAAAACAUGAGCAGACCCCUUCUCCGACCAGCUGAUCACUCUCAGCUUCUCCUACAUGAAAUCGGAUGGACAAGGCUGUGACUAAUGUCUUACUUUGUAAUGCAAAUCAUUUAUAAUAAAGACUUCAACCCCA